AUGGCUGAUGAUAAAUCAGAUCUCCCACCGGAAAUCAUAGAAUUUAUCCUAUCGAAACUAUCAGUUAAAUCUCUUCUUCGAUUCAAAUCAGUUUCAAAGUCAUGGAGUACUAUGAUCUCCGAUCCCGUAUUCGUCCAAAAUCAAAUCCAAAAAUCUAAGGAAUCGAACUCGCAUAAGCUUUUUCUAAGUGGUUCGAUUACGAGUUCUUCUAUCCGGUUUUCCGCGUUUAAAUUGGAAGAUAAUAAAUUUCAAACCCUACCGGUAGUAACAGAAGCUCCCUUUGGAUGUAUAUCGGUAUUAUGCUUUUGUGAUGACAUACUACUCUUAAUCGACAGUACACACCAGAGACUUGUGUUGUGGAAUCCAUCAACUCGAACAGCGGAAAAGCUUUGGCAUAAAAAAAGCUGUAGGUAUGCAGCUUUUGGGCUUUGUCGUGAUCCAAACACCGGCGAUUUUAAGGUUGUUGUCGUGGCUCCGUACUACUACUCAGUUUAUUCUUGUACGAACAAAUCCUGGAUAACGAUGACAAAAGAAUACGAAAUUGAAAACGCCGGUUUAGGUCUAAAGGACAGCCAUCCGAGAGGAGUCUGUGUUAAUGGGGCUAGCUAUUGGGUUUGGAGUUUCGAAUACGUUACUCGAAUAAUGUAUUAUGAUCCGAGAGAUGACAAGUUGAAGAUGAUGGAUACGCCGGAAAACACAGACGAUACACGAUUUAUUUUCUUGGUUAAUUUGAGGGGCUCUUUGUGCGUGUAUUGCGAUUUCCGUGGCUUGGACAAGAACACGAUCCGGAUUUGGGAAAAGGAAAAUGGCAUUGAUAAUAAUUCUUGGAAGGAGUUGAUAAGUGUUAAAUAUGACAGGGUGUCGAUGUAUUCGGUGUUGCAGCCACUAUGUUUUAUCCAAAAUAAGAUCGUAUUCCGAAAAGAUUGUGAGAAAUUAGUAAUCUACAACCCUUGCGAGAAGAGGUUUGAAGAAUUUGAUAAGGACUCACAGCUUUUGGACGUUGCAGCGGUUCCGAUUCAAUAUGUGGAGAGUUUGUACUUCCCCAUUGAGAAAUCGAAGCCGACGACGAAGCGAAAGUGUUUGCAAUAG